UUGAGUGUGGACGGUGUCCUUUUCGUUUUAGUUCAUUGAUUUAAAUGUAAAUAUAUUUUAAAUUUAGUAACACAACCCGUAUAAAUACCCAUCAGACGACUAGUCCAUGAUGAUUGCAGUAAAGUUAACAGUUCUACUAUAUGUAUUAUUACCAGCUUUCUCUCAAGAUUUACAAGAAGUAACAAUUAGUACACCACUUGGUGGACUUCUUGGUUUACGUCGGAAGUUAUUGAGUGAGAAUGUUUAUGAAUUCAAGAACAUACCGUUUGCUAAAGCACCUGUCGAUAAUUUACGGUUCGAGAAACCACAGCCGUAUGGAUCAUGGGAUAAUACCUUAGACGCUAGAAACUUUGGUCCGUCAUGUUAUCAAGACAUGAGCGGAACGGAAUCCUAUCUAAAAAAUACAAAUAUCUCCGAAGAUUGUCUUUAUCUCAAUAUAUAUAUUCCACAUCAUGUUUCGACCGAAAGUAGCAAAGCUGUAAUGGUCUGGAUCCACGGCGGUGGUUAUUCUAAUGGACAAACCCAGUUAUAUGACGCAGCAUAUCUAUCUGUUGCAGGCGAUGUUAUAGUUGUUACUAUUCAAUACCGUUUAAAUAUUUUUGGUUUCUUUGCAACCGGCAAUAGUAAAGGAAAUUAUGGAUUAUGGGACCAGAUUUUGGCAAUACAGUGGGUAAAAGAUAAUAUAAAUUCGUAUGGCGGUAACAGUCAAUCUGUUACAAUAUUCGGAGAAUCAGCUGGUGCAUUUAGUGUGGGUUUAUUAUCAAUUAUGCCACAAAAUCAAGGACUAUUUCAAAGGGCUAUAAUGCAGAGUGGAACCGCCCUCUCAGAAGUCAGCAUGGGAACAAUUACACGGUUUGCUUCAUCACAGGUAGCAAAUAAUGUGGGAUGUUCUCAAUCAGAUCCUGGGAAAUUAACUCAAUGCAUUAAAUACGUAGAUGCAAACGUUUUGUUAGCAGAGGGAGGAAAAGAAUUUUCAUCUAGUUUUAUCCAAAUUCCAUUUGCCCCAGUAAUUGAUGGCGAAUUGUUGCCAGUUCAACCAAAACAAUUGUUACUUAAUUCAUCAGCUUCUGGAUUUUUUAAGUCACUGGAUGUCAUCAUUGGAACAAAUACAGGAGAGGGUUCGCUUAUGUUAGACUUUUUUCUAAACGGAGGUCAAAAUCUGUUUCAAUUUAACGCAUCAGAUCAUAUACCAAAACGGAUUCUUUGUGAAGUUCUUGUUCCUGAUAUUGCGAAUGUAGUGUACAAUAAUAACACGGACAUAGCUAUUUCUAUAUGUGAUAACUACGGUUCAGCAUCAACACGUGACCAACUGAGUAAAGAUAUUCUAAAUGUAUAUUCAGACCUAGCAUUUAUGGUCCCAGCAGUUGAAUCAUUGCGCCUUCACACAGGUAACGGUAAAGGAAAACAAUUUCAGUAUAUUUUCUCUAAACAGUCAUCUUUUUUUACUGCAAUACCUUAUCCAGAGUGGUUUGACGGUUCAGCUCACGCCACAGAACUAAUUUAUCUAUUUUUCCCGGGAACACUUUCCACAGACCAAGAUGGAGAGCUAUCUUUGAAAUUGUUGAGGUACUGGACUAAUUUCGCCAAAACAGGAGAUGUCAAUGGAGAAGAACUGCCAAAAUGGGAAGAAUAUGACGCAACAAAUGAACAUUACAUCAAUUUAAAUAUCAACGUUACAACUGGUCAACAUAUGUUUGAGGACCGUGUAGACUUCUGGUUGAAUGACAUCCCCAGAGUAUUAAACCCAUCAUCAUCAACACGCAGGCCAAUGAUACAAACAUCGCCGACUAAUGGCAGUCAUAAAGUAUACAGACAUGAACUGUUAAUAAGUUGCUUUCUCUUGUUGUAUGUUGUGUUGUGUUUCUAUAGAUCGAAUUAACUAGAGUGUUUUACAUAUAUUAAAAUAAUAUUGAUAUUCCGCUGCACCUUAGAAGGCAGUAAUCUGUAAAGAAGUCUACAUCCUUGUUUGAACUAACUUAAUUGUUUUUCGUUUUUUAAAGCCUAACUUAAAUUUAAGCUUUUACUUAAAUAAUUUUCAAUUAUUUUGUGGUCGGAUGUUUUUAAGCCCUUAGUUGUUUUGUAGUCUUUGAUUCCUUUUUUUAGACUAAAAAUCCCGUUUCUCGUGAGAGGAGUAUUUAUCAUUAACAGUAUAAUAAAACACUGCUCUUUAUGAAUCAUAGUGGUAUUUUCUUAUCUAAAACAUUCAAAUGUUAAAGUUUUAUAUAUAUAAAAAUAACUCAUUAAGUUUAUACAACUUAAUUAUUAUUCUCGUAUCUCAAUAAAAAUAUCUCAUUUGGGCA